AUGGACGACGACUUGGACCAAUAUUUCGAGUCGAACGAAAAACCAGAGGAAGACUUCUCGGAAGACGAUUCUGACGAGGAAUUUAUAGAUAAUAUUGAUACAAACCGCGAUUUGGAAUGUGAGGAGCCAGCGCACAAAUCUGCUCCAGAAUUCGCUGAAUUUCUGCACUCCUGUGAGUACCCGGAGGACAUUACAAAGUACCUGGAAUCGCUAAAACUUUUCGAGAAAGAUGCGAAAACUGGGGAUAUUAUUCCCACGAAAUCGUUGAAAUCAGUAGUUUCCGGGUUUGUUCAGUACCUUCUCGGCACCAAACGAGUGCAAAAGCCAGUUUUGAGAGGAAUUUCGAAGAUUUUUGGGCGGUACGAUGUGUACCAUUAUAUCGCUGCGGUUCUCGUCAAAUCCAUCAAUGGUUUGACAGAAACUCGUACUGCCGCCUGGUUCAAUCUCUUCAAUUUCCUCUCUUUCGUUCCUCAUCCAUCUACCAGACUUACUAAACCUCUAUUCCGCAAACUCUGUGCCAGAACACCGUUCAGCGAGAAGAAUAUGAAGAAACGAAAAUUGGCGUGGAUUUCGGCGGAUUAUGACAAAGUGUGGAUGGCUGUGAUGAAUGGACAAAUUAGUGAUAAAUUGACGCUGAAACUCAUUCCAUACAUCACUGAAAAUGUGAUUUCGAAUCUGAAAACGCCAUUCAAAUCUGCCGAUUUCUUCUUCAAGAUGUUCGACAAGAGUGAUUAUCAUGGAAUUUUGUCGUUGGGCGCCAUUUUCAGACUGAUUUCUCAGCAUAAUUUCGAGUACCCAAAGUUCUACGACAAAGUCUACUCUCUCACCAACCCAGCGCUUCUCUACAUGACUCAAAAGGAGUCGAUUUUGACACUUCUCGACAGUUUUCUCUCAUCAACCCACAUUCCAACAUACAUCGUCGCCUCGUUCCUCAAACGAUUAUCUCGUUGUCUUCUAUUGGCUCCAAUUGAUGCUCAGGAGCCAAUUCUGGGUCUCAUUAGAAAUCUGGUGAUCAGACAUCCGAAUUGCUCUGAAUUGGUGCAUCGAAAGCUGCCAUUGACUCUUUACGACGAUCCAUACGAUAACGAGGAGACCGAUUUGCAUAAAACUCGCGCCCUUGAAUCGAGUCUUUGGGAGAUGAAACUCCUCCAAUGUCACUGGAAUCAAAGUGUCCGAAAACGUGCUCAUUUCGUCGAUAAGACUCUCCAAAAGAUCGAGUCCUACGUGAGAUUCCGUUGCUCUGAUGAGCUCUUCUCGGUUAACAUGUCGAAAUCGUUCGGUGGAGAGGAUGGAGAGGCAGAGAAGUACAGAAAAUUGCAAGAUGGAGAUGAGGAUGAUGAGGGAACCGGCGGAAAACCGGAGCCAAAGAAGCCACGAAGAAAAGGAUUCGGGAAGUUCGCGCCGAAGCAUGAGGAGAAGGUGAUUAGAGCGGUCGGAGUGAAUUCAGAAGCGCCGAAAGGGAUUCUGGAUCGACACGUUCCGAUUAUUGAUGUGCCGACGUUGUGGAAGAUUUGA